AGGUCCAACAAAACUCGCAGAAAAAACACAAAAACUGAACCCAUCCAUGGCUACAACUUCUCUGCUUCCCAAAUCCCUCUCACCCUUUCUCAAGAACCCACAUUCUCCAUUCCCUCCAACCCACUUGACCAAACUAGCAUUCCUUAACUCACAAGACCAUCCUCAUAAUUCCAAGACCAGACCAAACAACCUCCACACCGCCAACGCCAAGAAGAAGAACCCCUGGCUCGACCCUUUCGACGACGGCGAAGACCCCGACAUGGAAUAUGGCUCGCUCUUCGCCGACGGAAAGCAAGAAGAGGACCCGAGGCCGGCCGAUAACCCGGACAACCCCUACGGGUUCCUCAAGUUCCCGAAGGGGUUCAACGUGGAGAUUGUUCCUUUGGCGCUAAAAGUGAGGGGAGAUGUUAGGAGGUGCUGCUGCAUUAUCUCCGGCGGUGUUUACGAGAAUCUGCUGUUUUUUCCGGUAAUUCAGUUGAUUAAGGAUCGGUACCCCGGUGUUCAGAUCGAUGUAAUCGCCGCGGACAGAGGGAAGCAGACUUAUGAGCUGAACAAGAAUGUGAGGUGGGCUAAUGUCUAUGAUCCUGAUGAUUAUUUUCCUGAGCCUGCUGAAUAUACUGAUAUGCUUGGAGUUCUCAAGAAUAGGUACUAUGACAUGGUCUUGUCAACUAAGCUAGCGGGCCUUGGGCAUGCAGCUUUCAUAUUUAUGACAAGCGCUCGAGACAGAGUUAGCUACAUCUACCCGAACGCAAACGCUGCUGGAGCUGGACUGUUGCUGUCCGAAACAUUCACACCGGAAAGCUCGAAUCUCUCCGAUGGAGGGUACAGCAUGUAUCAUCAGAUGGCUGAUUGGUUGGGGAGACCAUUUCGGAGUGUGCCGCGGCAUCCCGUGCCCCCGCUCAAAGUCUCGAUUUCACGCAAAUUGAAGGAGGUUGUGGAAGAGAAGUACAAGAAAGCUGGAGCAGAGAAAGGAAAAUAUGUCGUGAUACAUGGGAUAAAGUCAGAUUCCAAGGCCACAAUGCAGUCUAAGGGUGACACAGAUAGCUUACUACCCAUCCAAGUAUGGGAUGAAAUAACCAGUGGUUUAAGGGAAAUUUGGCCAGUUUUUGUGAUUCCACAUGAGAGAGAAAGAGAAGAUGUGGAGGAGGUUGCUGGAGAUGAUGCCAGCAUUGUGUUCAUCACAACCCCUGGACAGCUGGCUGCUCUUAUCAAUGACUCGGCUGGGGUAAUAUCCACAAACACCGCUGCUGUUCAACUAGCAAAUGCACGAGAAAAACCAAGCAUUGCAUUGUUUUGUUCGGAAGAGAAGGCAAAUUUGUUUGUUCCCAAUGCAGAAGACAAGAAUUGUGUUCUUAUUUCGUCUAAGACGGGAAAGUUGAUCGAUAUCGAUGUUGAAGCUGUAAAAAAAGCACUCCCAGUUUUUGAUCUGUCCUUAGCUCUAGUGUAAGAGAGAACAAGAAUCUCUCUCUUUCUCUCUGUUUUGUUUUUUCUUUUCUUUUUUUUUUUUGGUUAUUCUUUUUGCUUGUCAUGUUUGGCCAUCUUAAUUGGUUUUGUAUACAAGAAUAAAAAGCUUUAAUACUGAUUUAACAAUC